UAUUGAAAAUGUAGGAACAGAUAUGCUUUGUAAGUAAAGGUUUGUCUAAAUUCAUAAGGAAUAUAAAUUUGUCCAUAUUACUUAGUAGUAUGAAGCGUGUGAACAUGGGUUGUAUCUGUCUAUAUAGAUCUAUAGAGGCCAGCCCUCUCUUUCUUGUACAAACUACAUUCUACUACAAAAUGAUGAUCAUGAUGAUGAUGAGAAGAAGAAAAACUAGAGUUCAGCGACCUCAUACCUCCAUGAAAUAGAAUGUAUGAAAACGGCUUACACAUUUGUACCCCUGGAUAAGUAAGACACGUCAGAUUUAGUUUCAGAUUCAGCUUUAUUUCUGAUUGGCUUGGCAUGUGAUAUUAGAUAUGAAAUAUACACAUGAAGAAUAAUAGAAUGUAUUUCUAAAGAUAAUAUUCGAUCAAGUUUAUCGCGAUCGAAAGCUUCAUUGUCUUCAAAGUUGGCUUUGCUCCUGUUGGAAAAGCUAUCCAACAAUUUUGGGUUCUUUGACGAAUUUGUCGACGAAUACAACAUAUUUCCUUGUUCUCGAAUGGUGUCCUCGGAUCAGUAAGUAUGCAAUGUGGGGGACGCGGUAACAAUACGCCAAUUAACACAGUUCCGUCCUUCCUGCAUACGUUAGUUUGACAAUGUGAAUGUCCGGCAUCUGCAAUGACCAUAAAAUACUGACGUAUUACCAAGCAUCACUAGGGGUAUAAAACCCCGACUUCAGCAGUCCAAGGCACGCACAAGGCCCGUGCGGUUUUGCCCUUUCAUAUAACAUCUUCAAAAAGCAAGACAAAACUCGAGAAAUGGCUGGAAACUCCACGGAGACUCUCAUAGAGGAGGGUUCAUCCAUGAGCCUGUUCCAGUGCAUCAUCCUCCUCAGCUACAACCUGACCGGAGACGGCGUGCUGGCGAAGUCCCUGGCUGGGUGCAAGGAUGUCGGAUCCGAGGCCCUAGGCGGCCCAGCGCUCCGGACUGCCACGAUCCUUUUCGGACUGGUCAUCAUCGUCCCGAACAUGCUGAUCGCGCUCGGCAUCAUCAGAGGACACGCCCUGCACAAGCCCAUGUACUACCUCAUCGGGAACAUAGCCGUCGUGGGCGCUCUAGCCGGGACAGUCUGCCUCUCGGUCCCGCUCCUUCUCCACUCCGACGGCGCCCAGUCUCCCAUCCAAGCGCUGUACACAACGCUGUUCUUCACGCUCUACCUGUCCCUCAUUGGCAUCACCCUGCUGUCCGUUGACCGCUACGUGUCCGUCCACUACAGCCUCUUCUACAACACCACCAUCACGGGCCGGCAAGCGGCUGCAGGGGUCGUCACAGCCUGGCUGGUGAGCGGACUUCUCUGUUACUCCGUCCUGCUGGGAUGGAACUGUGAGAACCUGGACAUCAGGGCAGACCGAUGUAUCGGACAGUUAGACGGCAACUACAUCAUACUCUUAACAGCUAUCAUAAUCAUUGUCAUGUUGAUUGUUGUCUAUACCAAUGUUAGUAUCUACUUGAACAUUAGGCGUAGGCUUCAGGCACUUGAAAACGGGCAGUUAGGCGCCAACGUGGACGCGCAACACAUCUCAUCUGCCCAAAGAAAGGCCGUCGCCCUGUGGAUCGUAGUGGUCAUUUUCUUUGUUAGCUGGCUGCCAUUCCUUGUCCAGAUUAUAAGGUUCUUAAACACAUUCUAUCUAACUACAAUGGAACAGCGCUUGGCAACCGGUAGCCUUGCGGGUUGGGGUGUAGCGAUAGUGUUCUGCUAUAUCUUCGCUCUAGCUAACCCGAUAGUUUACGCGUUUCGUCUACCGGCGCUCAGGAAUGAAGUCAGGCGACAGUUAGGGGCAUGUUGGAGCAGCGUGAAACGGUGCUGUGUUCGCUCUCAGGUAGCUCCAAGUGAAAACUUCAUAGCUCCGCGACAGAUAGUUGUAGCAAGUAACUUUAACUCUGCUCCUGUUGGCGUCUUUACAGUCCCAACCAGGAACGCAGCUGCAAGUGGCCGGGUAGAUCCCGGAGUUCAAGUAAUCUCUGUGGGCUCUGAAGCGAGUCGAGAUCCAUCUUGCAAUAAUGUGGAAACAGACAAGUUGUUUGUAACUCGCCGCACGUAUUAUGAUGCCUUAAAGCCAGCGCAAUCAAACCACUCAUCAAAAUCUGCUACUGAGGACCUACCCAUGGUCGCUAUUGAUUUGAUCAUGACUAGUUAGGUAGAUAGGUUCCACGUGCAAACACUGCUCAGUGAGUAGCGUGCAGAGUGGACAGUGGAUAGCGGCCUUGCCUCUGGAACUACAAACCGUAGGUUUGAAUGCCGGGUUUGUCGCUCAUCCGACAUUCAUGCUAUUGGAGGGGUAGCAGUCCUUAAGAUGGGACCUUAAGCCGUGAUCCGCCGUUCAUUGUUCUUGCCGUAAAGGACCCGCACAAUGAACAUGUAAAUAUUGGGCAUACAUGUAGCAUGUCCAUGGUCUUCUCUUCCACAAACAGCUCUUCGGUUCGAGAUCAUUGUGACUGUUGUCAUAUGUGUAUUUUGUAAUAAUAGUCACGUAGAAAAUAUUAAUUCUAAAACUACAAUGUAAUGGAAAAAGUCUGUAAAUUCGUCUACACAUGUUUCAAGGAGAGGGAAGGGAAUGUAGAUUCAACGUAACCUCACUACACUUCUCAAUACAUCCAGCCCUUGUUGAGAAUGAAUACACAACAAAUAUCAUUGUCUUUUUUACUGUUGUCUUAUAGUAAAUAUGACUAUGUACGUAUACUUUGAUGUUUAAAAAGUAAUGAUCUGGAUUUCGGUUUUGUAAGUGAUCAGUAGUGAACACUUUCCGGCUUAGAAUACGAGAGUAGACAAUAGCUCUGAAUCUUGAGUUAAAUCUACUCGUCAUGAAUAUGUACUUAAUUGCGCCGGAGCAGAAAGCAUGUCAUGUUAUAUAGAGCUGUAUUUUGAUUGCUGUUUCAACAACCUAUAAAUACAUUGCAGCGCCCUAAGGCACUGAAUUGUGUAUUUAGGCAUUAAAAACAUUUACACAUACGGUAAAAACUUAAUAUGGUAAGGCAAUUAGACUAACAUUUUAAAGGCUUACAAUCAAAACGCACAAGUUACAAUCAUUUAUAAUCAUAUCGUACAAAUGUGUCUUGUUUGACUUAUUAACAAUCUACCACAAUACAGAUAGUUGACGAUAGUGAUAUGGGAGAUCUCAACUUACAUGUAGCGAUUAGCUUAACUGUUUAUUCAAAAGGGAUACAAAAUACGGGAUCGGGCUAUUUUUAUAACGAUUUGCUUUGGCAAGGGGAAUAUCAAGUUGAUUAGCUCCCUUCAAGCAUCUUGUAUGAAUCUGAGCUAUUCUUAUCACGGCUAUUCUUCGGCUGAUCAUUUUAUUCAGCCUCAGUGUGAAUAAACACUAAUGAUGUAUAAACAUCACCUUACGGACUGUGGCUAUUUUUGAAGGGUUAUUCACACAAGAGGGUAGUUUGUCGUACUGUGGAUUGUCCUUUGUAUGAUAGCGAAAGGAGCAUUUUAUUUGACUAUGUAUUAAGUAAA